AUGGCGCUGCUGGAGCAGGCCUUUCGGAUCAAGGAGGACAUCGUCACCAACCUGCUGGGGACCCAGGGCACCUACCAGGCAAAGACUGCCUCCAGAACACUCCUGGAGAACCACAUCCAGACCAUCACCAGCAUUGUCAAGCAGCCCAGCACAGACAUUGAGGUCUUGGAAGGACAGAUCCUUCAGUGGGAUGGAAUUUCUUCAGGAACAAGCUUGGCAGUUCAGAACCUGGAUCACAAGCACCUGGCUGGGAUUGGAGACCUGCGUGGAAGAGUGGCCAGAUGCGACGCCAGCAUCUCCAAACUGUCUGGAGAUGUGAGUUCUUCCAGCCAAGAGAUCCAGAAACUACAGAAAGAAACCCAUGAUGUGACGUCAGCCCUGGAGAUGCACAAAGAGCUUGAACUGAAGAUAACGCAAUUGCUGGGGAAAAUGGAAACAUCUGUGUCUGAACAGAACUCAAACUUAAGAGCAGCUCGAGGGGAUCAACUCCACGAACUGCAGCUGCUAGAUGUAAACAGGACCCUAGGUGCUCUGGCUGAUGUCAGGGAGCAGAUUCACAGCCAGCGGAAGUGGGCUGAAGUGCAGCUGAGCCGGUCCCAGCAGGUCCAGACUCAGGGCACGGAGCAGCUCCAGUCACUGCUGCGGGAAAGAGUGGAAAUGACAGAAAAGAAAAUGCAAGACAGCAAGAACCUCCUAACCGUCAGACUGGAAAAAUGUGAAGAGAGGCAGGAACUUGAAAUCAGGGCGAACAGAGCGAAGCACGCAGAAGACAAGCUCACCUCUAGGAUUAGGAAAGUAGAGAAGAUCUGGGAGGAGCCUGAGAUCAUAAAGACUGAAUACAGAUCAGGGUUCGAGUCGAUCCAUGACGCUAUCAGCUCCCUGCGGCAGAUAAAUGAGACCAACAACAGGAUGCACAAAGAAAAGGUCCAGAAGGACAUCAAGCAGAUCAGAAGGAAGCUGGUUCAACUGAAAGAUGUUUGACUUCACAUCUUGAAAUUGAACCAGUUGAACCAGGGAAAGCCUAAACUGGUAGAAUUGUAUAUUGUCUGUUCCAAUCAUUUGUUUGUGUGCUUUUUUUUUUAAUCUACUUAAAAUGCUAUUUUCCGAAAUACACCGAUUGUAUUACUGUAUGGGUCGGGGUCCCAGUGCAGCAAAGGGUGCUAGUGCUAGUUUCACCUCUGCAUGGCUGAAUCCAGCUCAGGUCCCAUGCAAAAUAAGUUUGGUGGGCUUAACUGCCCCCCUCAGUGGACAGCAGUGCACUUCCUUGCAAUUCAGAAUAAUGGUCAAUGUGCACCACAUGGAGGGCAUGCAGCAAACACUGCUCCCUCACUUCCUUCAACAUGUUCUCAUUUAGACCUUACUGAAACUGAUUACCCCUAAAAACAGGGAGUUGGUGUAAUCUCAGGAUAAGGUGGUUGAUGCAAUCUAGGGGGAUUCCCCAAUUCUGUAAAAAGCUCUAAUAAAACCCAGCUUUUUUACUGGGGAGAGGUGAAGGUCGAUCAAAUUAACCCCUAAGGCAAGGAGACACAUAUUUCAGCUGAUGCCAUCAUCAUCAGUACAGAGGGGAACAGUUUAAACAUGUUCCUAUACAGUACAUUCAACUGGGCAUUAGCUGAAGCAUAGGUCUGUUUGCCUUUGUGUCUUAUAAAAUGUAACCCAACUUAUGCUAGCAUGUUUGAAGUCACAAAUGAACUACCAAAAGCGUCGCACCAACAAGUAGGCUUUCCAGCCGUUCUGACUGACUAAACUAUUUAUUGAAUUGCAACCACAGUAUAAACAGAAGCUCCCUUUUCUGCUUCCCCACUGUUUGGGUAUUUUGUGUAAUUUUAACAAUUUUUGAGACCAUAAAAAGAGGUCUGAUAAUCUUGUUACUGAUCCCUUUGUUCUGUAAAACAGAAAAUUGUACAGUAGUAAAGUGUUAUUUUAUAUAAAAUGUAUGUAAACAUAAUAAAACACA